AUGACCAUCAUGAGAACGCAUUCUUGCGACAAUCCUAGUUUAAUUUGUGUUCUCGUUCUUCCUCUUCUUCUCCUUCUUCUUCUUCUAGCAGACUCAGUCACAGGUCGGACGGUUUCAAUUAGCAUUCCACCAUGUUUCGGGAUAAGUAGUACGGUUCAUACAAGUGAACUUCGUUCAAUGCAAAAAGGAACCGCUUAUACCCUUAAGACGCCUUCCGAAGGCAUUCUACUCAAUUCCAAUUUGCCUUUCAAAUCUACACUUCUUAAAGCCUGUAAUUACGCUUUCACCCUUCCAACACAUCCACAGUAUCAUUCCCUUACGACUUUUAUUAAACGAUUUGAGCUGAAUACAACAAGAACUGAUGGGUUUGUAAAUCUGGUUUUCAUAAGUGGCUCAAAAAUCGUCUCCAAUCUCCUAAUAACCAAAUCAUCUACACCGAUAUCAAACGUCUACCUCGACACUAAAGACUGGCCAAGAAAUGAAACCUUAAUUUACAUGUUUCUUAUGCAUAAUCUAAAAAAUAAAACCUCGACACUGCAUCUAGAUAUUUCGCUAACCCCAACGUACGUAUGCUUUUUGAAUACCUUCAAAAAUAUGGGUUCACAUGUCAAACGACUUAAUCCAAUUAAUGGAACGUUGUCUAGUUUGAGUAAAAUCUUCCAUCCAGGGUGGCUGUUAUGUACAACAGCAAUAAAAACUCAAAGCCUCGGCUACAAAGUUACCCAUCCAUAUAUGGCUUUCUGCAUUGAUUAUCGAUUGAGCUGUGAUGGGGUUGUCAACUGUCCGAGGAGUUCAACCUAUUCUACCAAACAGAUGUUUUUCUCAAAUUCCCUAUAUAGUGCUGACGAGUCCUCAGCUGACUUAGUUUGUUAUGCUCCGCCUAUUAAUUGGUUCCUGAUUACCACAGUUGUUUUUAGUAUUUUCAAUAUCCUUAUUCUUUGUCUCCUUGCCUAUGUUGGAGUACUUCGAAGGUAUUCACCUCGACAGUACGUACGUCUUCGGAAUACUUGUCUUCGCUAUUUAGUUUUCUGUCUUCCUGUACAAUUGCGUUAUAGGGUAUCAGCUAGUAUUCCAAAUCCUCAGAGAAGCGGGAUCGAUAUUUCUUCAUUGGAACUUCCAAUAAGUCCACCUACAUAUGCCAGCGUGCAACAGGUUGAAAUACAUAAUCAAAAGAAUAUCAAAAUGCUUUUUACAAAGAGGAAAAAUAAAUCUUUGAUAGUUCCAAAAUCUGGAAAUGCUCUUCCACCAUCCUAUUCCGAUGCUGAAGAUGAAGUUGAAGUAAUUCCGAGCGUUGUUAUUCAGAGGAUGCACACUUUAAAUGAGGUUAGACCGUCAAAUUCGCAUAGAACUCGAAAAACGAUAUUUCCAGUGACGAAGCCUCUCUCUAAUCGUUAUCGAAGAAAUAGAAAUGCUAGAAAUCUCAGAGCUGAGUUCAGAAUUCUCUUAAGACGUAUGACUAAUAGAAGGCAUAACAGACAGAGGAACGGUCAGCAGAAUCAGGUUCAACAGCCGUCAACUUCAUAUCAAGAACAAUUGCCUUCACAAAUUAUCGAAGAGAGCUCCGCUCCACCUCCAAAUUAUAACGAAUUUCUUAUUGGGGAUUUUCCUAGAUUUCCAGAAAUUGUCGUCAUCGAUUACAUUAGGCCACCGCCGUCAGAUCGCUUUCGAAGAAUCCAAUAUGGUCACCAUCGGCGACAUUAA